CGAUCAAUCAUUCCGCGCUUCAUCGCGUCGACAACUUCAAUGAUGGACGGUCUCUCCGUGGCAUCGUCAAUCACUGGACUUCUCCAAGUUUCGGUCAAGAUCGUUGGCUUCCUCUCCACCAUGAGCGAUGCCCCAAACCUUGCCCGCAAUGCCCUCGGCCAGCUUACCGCGUUCACCAUGAUAUUCCACCAGCUGGACGAUUUCAUCGCGGAAUUCGAAACAUCCGGCAAGGGAUAUCGGAAGUCGAUGCUCUACCUCAACCAGAUCGUCAACACACUGACCGGCUGCGUAUGUGCGUUCUCGGAGCUCGAGGAGGCACUCGAAGGCGUGUGGAGGGACCGCAGGUCCGGCAUGACGUUUUGGAACCGUGCGGUAUGGGCGGCCAAAGAGGGCGAUCUCCGAUGGAUCUUGGGAAGUCUUGAGCAGUACAAGUCUUCCCUUAAUAUUUUCCUGACCAUCUUCAACUGUCGGUCGAAUCGGGACGCCCGUCGUGGCAUAACCCAGUUGUCAAAGCUCAUGGAAACCAUACUCGACUGCAACCCGGCUCUUGCGGCCCGUGUGCUCCCUGGGUCCCGGCAAUCGCAAGAUUCAUCUGAUGCGUCUACCAUCCGGUCGGCAUUCACGAGCGUUCAAAGAACGGUCCGAACAGCUCCGUCCCUGAUCAGCGUCCGCGGAUCAUCGUUGUUUCCCUUCGCUUUCGAGCAAGUACUCAACCAAACACGGGUUUACAGGAGGGCAUUCAAGAAUGUGUCAACGCAUAGUUUCAAAAGCUUGGCCACAAAGGAGUCCAACUGGUCCCAGCUCACGCGUCUGAGCCUGUCCCAGAUCUCUUGCAUUGCAGUUAUAUUUUUGCCGGUGUAUAUAGACGAACUGUUCAACAAGACCCCGUAUAUGGAAACACUCCCGGAGGAUCGCAGCCUAGUGGAUAACGGCAAGAGUGUUACUGGACCACCUCCGUUAGAGGCGCUCCGCCCAUUCUUCUCUCAGCUGGAUGGCCAUCCAAAAGUCUCCAUACCUUCGGACUCUCAGGGCCCCCCUCCCGUAUCGCCCUCUGGCCCAUCCGAUUCGCCCGUACUGGGACUGGGGCUGGUUGGGAUGACAGCACCCAUGAGCCCUAUUAUCCCUGCGUCCUUUGCUAUGCCUGUGGACCUCGAACUCAAAGCCUCAUCUAGCCCUGGAGAUUCGUCCCUUGGGCACUUGGGCCAACAGAGAAAGAGCUUCCGAUAAACCGACCCGGCUCACCGUAUUCUCUAGCCGUUAGUGCCGAGGGUCUUCCUUGGUUACCACCCAGCCAUUGGGGUUCGCCCACCCUCGAGCCACGACCGACAGAGACGGAUAUGCCGAUUAGGGACUCCGGGUUCUCUCUUUCUAUUCUCGAGAGCCUGCUAGAACUUCCCGCCAGCGCAUUCAGUUCACCGACACUAAGUCCCGUGCAACCGCCGCUCUCCGAACCAGACACCAGCGUUUCCGAAUCAAUGCUGACAGAGGCAUCACUCUUGAUGAACAAUCUUGCGAUCCCAUAUGCUUCUGUC